ACGUCAGCUAUACUGUCAAGAUACUUACGUAUAAGCUGUUCGUAGGACGUCACAGCUUCACGAGUUGAACUCUACAAGAGAAUGUGACCGAGCAAAUGUCGACUCUGGAAGGCGCCGCAAAACCUCUCAACAUAGCGAGAGCUGCAGAUGCGUGCUUCGCAGACCUGCAGAACUACCUUGGACAAAAUCCACAUGCAGAUGUCCCUGAUGACAUCUUGGCAAGCCUGCACCUGCUGUUCGGCAAGAACUUUGCAAAGGCGCUAGAGGUGGUGGACGGCGGUGGUAUCGUGUGCUUUGUGGGCGAGCACACAGGGCGCCGCGUGUACAAGGUGCCGGGCCGGCGCGCAGGCGACCACUACAUUGUGUUCCCCGCGCACUACUGCGCCUGCCAGUCCUUCCAGUACGACGUGGUGGGCCGCAGCGAGGCCGUGGCGUGCAAGCACCAGCUGGCGGCGCGGCUGGCGGGCGUGUUGGGCCGCACCUCUGUCAGCCGGGUGCCUGACUACACCAUCGCCCAUAUGCUGCUGGAGCACUGCGCGUAGCUAGCUAGGGGCGGGGCGAAGUUCUUGUGGAUGAGAAGUACAGGCCGGGACUGGGCCAAGAGCGGCAGAUGCACGUACAUAUAUGAGUGAAUGAGCAUUACCGUAGUGUUACAAAGGUUUCGGGAAACUAAGUUCGUGGAGAGGCCCCGAAUCUGUUUCCCGAACCUAUUAAAUAAUUAUUAAUGGCCCUGGCUUCCCGAAAAUAAGUAUCAACAGCACGAAAUUUGGUUUUUCGCGGGCGCGCUCCGCGCGCCGGGGUGGGGGGUGCGGACGGGUCACAGCGGCACGCAAGGCGAUGGGACCAGCGUAAAUGCAGCGAUUUUCGCUUAGAAAUUUUCUCUACAACUUAGACACAGGGUUGCGGGCGUGGGGUGAGGGCGUGGGGUGCAGGCGGUCCCUAAACGGUUUCACGAGUCACUCCCCUGACCAUCACAAAAGCUGGUCUCAGGUCCUUGUGAAACGUGUUAGCGGGUUUGACCUCAAUUCAGCAGUGAGACUAACAGGCUGUACUAAUGUCUGCGGAGUGCCCUGCUGGACGUAUGGGGCAGCAGUCAUGAUGUCGAGUGGGGGGCCCAAGGUUCGUGUAUGUGCCUUGGUGGCGCUUUGCUUGGCUCAGUUGUUAAUGUCAAGAGCUACGCGCAUGAUUGUAAGUCCGUAGUUGAAUGACACACCUUCCGAGUUCCAGCCCCGCUGCGACCCAGCAGGCGAGCACUCGCAGCCCUCUGGUGAAGUUGCAUCUCGGCAGGGGUGCGGUGUGCCCCCGCGGUCGGCCUGUUCCGUCUUCGUAUAUCCACAUCCAUCGAUGCUUUAUUACAAAGAUCUCGGUCUGGGUGUGCUGCUUCUCGGUCGGCGGGGCAAGGGGAGGCACGUGGGGCGGUUGGCGGUUGUGGCUGUGGGGGCUCGGCCAUGGGUCUCGUGCCGGCUCACACUCUUGCACAGGCAGUGUUGUAGGUCCCGCUGCAGAGUUGGCAUGUACGUGGUCGUCUAAGGAUAUGACAUGGCUAGGCCGAAGAACGUCAGAAGUGUCAACAUGUCGCACGCAUGUCGCAUGCUGGAGCGUCCUGGGGCAUUUCCCCAGCCACCCGGAGGGCUCUGGACAGGCACGAGAAGCAGCCAUUCUUAUGCAACCAUUCGGGAAGCUUUCGGGUUCACAUGCUCCGUCCUGGUGAGCGCGACUGCGUUAGCACAUUUACCAAUGCACGUCCGGCGCGGAACGCUCUGAGCCCCAGUCCAAAGGCUAAACGUAUGCUAAGGAUCAAUAGUGACGUGUGAAUGUGUCUAGGGAUGUAGGGAAUUUGCGCGGUCGCGGCACUGAGUCCGACCGAUUGCAAGGUUUUUCGAAUUUUUGAAUUGCCAACAAAUUAAAGGCUCAUAACAUA